CGCCCCCCAGUGGGGAUGCAGCGUUAAGUAAUGCUUCCUUAGUAGGCUGUCGGAAAUUACGGAUUGAGCUAACAUAGAUGUUAGCCGCACAUUACAACAUGCUAUCUUACAGUAAUUGUUUCCAAUUAAGUAAGCCUUAGCUACAUACUUUGACAAGAUAUAAACACAACUAAAACACACACAUAUCAUUAAGUCACAAAACGCUCUUCCAGGAACAAUAUUAUUGUUAUUUCCACAUUUUCGCGUGGUGUGUUUUAAGCAUAUUUAAGCUAGCGUUAUGUUAGACAGAGGAGUUUAGGCGCGGGUAGUGAAAGCAGCACAAUAACGUUAUUUCUUUCUAUCCAAUGACAGUUUAGCUGUCUUCCCUCCCUCCCAAGUCUCUUGUAAUAUUUGUCAACAGGUGAUUGAGAUGGCGUCCCCUAAAUAUAAAGGUUUCCUCAGAAAAAAGCUCAACUCAGAGCUUGAUAUGGUUGUCAGCAGUCUGAGGAAGGAGAAUGCCUAUCUGAAGAAGACCCUGGUUGAGUUGUCUCGUCAACAUUCAGAACAUAAUAAGCUAGUAGAGAGAUUUCUCUCUCUUGAAACUGUUAGGCUGGAGAGUUGUCAGCAGAUGACGGCCAAAGAUGAGAACAUUGCUUUGCCGCCAGAGCAGCUGAGUAAGAAAGAAGAAAAGCUGAUGGACGUAGUGAGUAUGAGGAGAAACAGAAGCAUAUCCAGUUACGCCAGAGAGAUUGAAGAAAUCAAGAACAAGCUUGUGAGCGUCGCAGCUAGGUGUCAAUAUCUCGAGAACAACGUUGCAGGGAAGAAGGACUCAGCUUCAGAUGAAUCGGCCUCGACCAACAACGAAAUAGAGCUCAAAAAUCACCUCAGUGAUGCCUUGGAGAAGAACAAGCAGUGGCUGGAAUAUGACCAGCAGAGAGAGGCCUAUGUAAGGGGAAUUGUGGCCAGAAUGUUAUGGCUGGAGAAGCAGCUGAACGAAGCCAAUAAGCCCCACUCACAGCAGCACAAUGAGGACCAUUCAGAUGAGAAGGAGCGACUAAACCAGAUGCUGGAGUACUAUGAAAGACUCUUACAGAAAGCUAAAGACGAGCUGGAGGUGCUCAGGGAGCAGGUCAACAUGACCCAGCAGAACCUGAUAAUAACCCGAAAUUGGUGCGAGGAAAAGGAGAGUGAGGUGGAGGAGCUCAAGCAGCAGCUGCAGACUGAAAAAAUGAGCAGAAAAAGUGCACUGGAAGAUUGUCAUUGCUCUGAGAAUGAAGAGCAAUGGCUGAGGGACAAGACCAAAGACUUCCAGCACAGACUGGAUGAGGAGAAGCGCAGGUCAGCUAACUUUGAGCUGCAGGCGAAUCUCUGUCAGAAGUUCAUGUUAAAUCGUCAUCAUGCAGACCAGGAAAAGAUUGCAAAUCUGGAGCGACAGAUCAAGAUUUCUUCACAAGACCUUGAGGAUGAGAGGCAGGAUUGUUCAUAUUUAAAGAAGCAAAUGGUCAGAGUUUUGAAGACGCUGCAAAAAACUAAAGACCAUGUGAAAAAACAGUCAAAGAGAGACCAUCAGGAUCACAGUUCAUGUGAAGCGGCACACCCACCCUCCCUGCCCUCCAGAGAUAGCCUUACAUCUUCCCCUCACAACAGCUUGGUGAAUGAAAGCUUCCUGGAGUGUCCCAGCUGCCGGGCUGAGUAUCCUGCCAGUCACUACCGAGAACUGAUGAACCACCUCGAAAUCUGUCUAGACUGAGCUGAACCGAGAACUUCUUCAGUUCUGGAUCUUCUGUAAUACGGAUUGGUUUUUGCCUAUACUGUUUAACCAGACGUUUAAGUUAGACGUUUAAGUUAUCUUAAUAAACUGUUGAGUUGCUGA